GUACUUGUUUUGGCUCCAACAAGGGAAUUGGCAAACCAAGUAGCCAAAGAUUUCAAAGAUAUAACUAGAAAACUCAGCGUGGCAUGCUUUUAUGGUGGAACAUCGUAUCAAAGCCAAAUUAAUCAUAUUCGAAAUGGUAUUGACAUCUUGGUUGGGACCCCUGGUCGUAUCAAAGACCAUCUGCAAAGUGGCCGUUUGGAUCUUUCUAAACUGCGUCAUGUUGUACUUGAUGAAGUGGAUCAAAUGUUAGAUUUAGGCUUUGCCGAACAAGUUGAAGAUAUUAUCCACGAAUCCUACAAAACUGAUUCUGAAGACAAUCCUCAGACUUUACUUUUUUCUGCAACUUGCCCACAGUGGGUAUACAAAGUUGCAAAAAAAUACAUGAAAUCCAGAUAUGAACAGGUUGACCUUGUUGGAAAAAUGACUCAAAAGGCUGCAACUACUGUGGAACAUCUGGCAAUCCAGUGCCAUUGGUCUCAGAGGCCAGCAGUUAUUGGAGAUGUACUUCAGGUCUACAGUGGGUCUGAAGGGAGGGCUAUUAUCUUCUGUGAGACCAAGAAGAAUGUAACUGAAAUGGCCAUGAACCCUCACAUAAAACAGAAUGCCCAGUGUUUGCAUGGGGACAUUGCACAGUCACAGAGAGAAAUUACACUGAAAGGCUUCAGAGAAGGUAGCUUUAAAGUUUUGGUUGCAACCAAUGUAGCUGCCCGUGGUUUGGACAUUCCUGAGGUUGACCUGGUGAUUCAAAGUUCUCCUCCACAGGAUGUUGAGUCAUAUAUCCAUCGCUCUGGACGCACAGGAAGAGCUGGUCGAACAGGGAUUUGUGUAUGCUUUUAUCAACCAAGAGAAAGAGGUCAACUAAGAUAUGUGGAACAAAAAGCAGGAAUUACUUUUAAACGUGUAGGUGUUCCUUCUACAAUGGAUUUAGUUAAAUCUAAAAGCAUGGAUGCCAUCAGGUCUCUGGCUUCUGUUUCUUAUGCUGCUGUUGAUUUUUUCCGACCAUCAGCUCAGAGACUGAUAGAAGAGAAAGGGGCAGUGGAUGCAUUGGCUGCAGCAUUAGCCCACAUUUCUGGUGCAUCGAGCUUUGAACCACGAUCUCUGAUCACCUCUGAUAAGGGGUUUGUGACCAUGACUCUGGAAAGCCCAGAAGAAAUACAAAAUGUCAGUUGUGCUUGGAAAGAACUUAACAGAAAGCUGAGUAGUAAUGCUGUGUCCCAAGUUACCAGAAUGUGCCUCCUAAAAGGAAAUAUGGGUGUUUGCUUUGAUGUACCUACAACGGAGUCAGAAAGGUUACAGGCAGAGUGGCAUGAUUCAGACUGGAUACUAUCAGUGCCAGCCAAAUUACCUGAAAUUGAAGAAUAUUAUGAUGGAAACACAUCUUCUAAUUCCAGACAGAGGAGUGGCUGGUCAAGUGGCAGGUCGGGCCGGUCAGGUCGGUCAGGUGGUCGAUCUGGUGGCCGGUCAGGUAGACAGAGUCGACAGGGGAGUCGGUCAGGAAGUCGACAAGAUGGUAGAAGAAGAAGUGGGAACAGAAAUCGAUCAAGAAGUGGGGGCCACAAACGGAGUUUUGACUGAGCAUUUGAUAGUUAAUCUACCAGUGUGAGCUUGCCUAUUUCUGCCUAAUCAUGUACAUUAUCCACCAAAAAUUAGGUCAUCAUAGUUAAGGUAUGUGUUUGCAAUUUGCAAAGAAGUUGGUCGUAUUUUUUUAAAAAGUAUUUCACAAGAGUGGUUGUAACAAAUCUACUUAUCCAGUUAUACCUUUGAAUAAUAAAAAAACAAAAACUCCUUUUCUUGUCUCUUUUCA